AUGAGCCUUGCGAUACUCGGAAUUAUUGAAUGCUGUGGACAUGUUGAGCGUGUCAGCUCUUCAACAAUGAUGCACACACGCAGACGACGAUCGCUUGAUGAUGCUUUUAUCGAAUUUGGGACCCUCGAGGAUUAUUCAAGCGAUUCUGAUGGAUUAUUCAAAAAGAUCGAUAAAAUGGCAAAAUCUCUAAACUUGAACACCACCACUAGUCGUAAUACCUAUGACGACGAUGGAAAAAUUGGCGUCAAAUACGUUUUCAAAAACGUUGAUUGCGAUGAAAUGACCAAAUUCGCUGAAGCUGUCAAAGACACCAUCGAUUUCAUAGUGUCGGCGAGACUUGUGUGCGGCGAAAUCGACAUUGAUAUUUGA